CCUUUGGUUUACUAAAAGUCUCCGGCUGAAGUGGGUUUCUGAAAGCGAUCCUGCUUUUGUGUGGAACUGGGCCCUCAGAGACACAUCGGCUUGGGCGAUGGGUUCACCAGGUCAAAGCGCGUCCUGGAAGUUGCUUCCGGUGCUUCUGCUGGGGAUGGCCUGCUCAUCGCACGGUUCACUUGUGAAAGUCAAUAAAGGUUUAAAGGUGAAACGGGGUCAGUCGGUCUACCUUCAGGAGGGCGACCUGCGGUUCCAUAUUCCCCAACAGAAGGACGCAUGCAAGGUGGAGGUGGUGUUAAAUGAGCCCAUAACUCAACGAGUGGGGAAACUCAUGCCUCAGGUAUUUGACUGCCAUUAUCUGGCUGAUGAGGUGAAGUAUGUUCACAAUGGCUGUCCAUUUUUAAAGGAGGACACUGUCAAGCUUCGUCUGUACAGGUUCACAGAGACGGAGACAUACAUGGAGAUGUUUUCUCUCCAUGUGGACAUUAUGGAACCUGAAUGUAGUGUCAUAAAACUGGGACCCAAGUCCUUGGAGGUUCCAGAAUUCUACGGUCUCUCCGAUGCAAUUGAUGGCAAUGUGGUGUCCUUUCACUAUGAGAAGAGGUCAAGUCUGGAAUGUAGCAUUCAGCUCAGCAGCCAUAGCACCCACCUGCCGGCCCACGGCCAACUGGUCACUGGAGAGCCGGAGAAAGCCACCAAGAGAGGAGACGAGCCGGAGAGCUUCAUUCACCUCCGUCAGCAGCUAGAUAAUAAAGAAAGAGCAAUGUGUAAAUCUGAAGAUUGCCUGAAGGGUCUGAAGCUCGUAAAGUUCACCAAAAUUCCCUGCGAUGACUUCCUGAUGAUGGGGCUAAGGUAUCAGCAUAUAGACCCUCCAUCUCCAGAUGUAGACUACAUCGCAAUUAGACUGGACCUCAGAGACACCAGGAGUGGCAGCACAUAUCAGUCUGAACAGGCCUGGAUUCCAGUUCGGAUAGUCGAUGCAAUGCCCAACCAGCCUCCCAAACCCUCCUUCACGUCCAUGUUUAUCCUGGAAGUAGACCAGUUCAUCCUCACUCCACUCUCCACUGCUACACUAGAUGCUGAAGAUGAGGAAACUCCCAAACAGCUUUUGGUUUUUAACAUCACCAAACCUCCCUUGGAUGGCUUCAUCACCCAUCUGUCUGAUCACACUCGCCCAAUCUCCUCUUUUACCUGGCUUGAUCUCAAUGACAUGCUCAUUGGGUAUCAACCUCCGAAUUCCUCACAUACCCAACGUAGGAAUUAUGAGGUGGAAUUUGAAGUUCAUGAUUUUUUCUUUGAGAAGAGUCCGUCAAUAACUGUUCACAUGUCUGUAAGGAAUGCAGACACGAAUGCCCCCAGAGUGUCCUGGAACAUGGGUCUCAGCCUGUUAGAGGGUCAGUCUCGUCCAAUCACGUGGGAGCAGCUCCAGAUUGUGGAUAACGACAAUCUAAAUGCUGUUCGCCUCAUCACUGUGGACGGCCUGCAGCAUGGACGGCUCACCGUCAGAGGUGGAAAAGGCUUCAUGUUCACUGUCAAUGACAUCAAAGCGGGCGUGGUCCAUUAUCACCAUGAUGACAGCGACUCCACCAAGGACUUUGUCAUUUUCCGUAUCACAGACGGUCCUCAUCAAACCCGACACAAGUUCCCCAUCAAGAUCCUCCCUAAAGAUGACAGCCCUCCUUUCCUCAUCACCAACAUGCUGCUGGAGGUGUCUGAAGGCCAGACGGCUCUGCUGAGAGGCUCCACCCUCCAGGCUUCAGACAUGGACUCCAGUGACGACUACAUCCUCUUUAAUAUCACACGCCCCCCACAGGCAGGAGAGGUCAUGAAAAUCCCAGGACCAGGGCUCACAGGUUACCCUGUCAGCCACUUUCUGCAGAAGGACCUAUCUCAGUCCAGGGUUUACUAUCGACACCUUGGGAAUGAAGUGUUCGAUGAUUCUUUUGAGGUGGUGCUGUCGGAUUUCCAUGAACCCCCCAACCUGUCAGAGCCUCAAGUGGUGAUCGUGCACAUAGAACCUGUUCCGGACCAACCACCUAAAGAGGUUCCCGGUUCCAGUCGGUGUCUUGUGAUCAAAGAAACAGAAGUGAUUCAUAUAACACGGCAGCACCUUCACUUUGUAGACCAGGAGUCACCAGACAGUGAGCUGACAUAUACCGUUACUACUCCGCCUUUCUACGCUGGACCUCACAGCAGCAGUCCAGAUGCAGGGAGGUUGUUCUUGGUUGACAGCAUACCUAAAUUCACCAAAGACUCCAACGCACCAGUGCUGAGGCUCUUCACACAGCAUGCAGUGAACUUCAUGAAAGUAGCCUACAUGCCUCCAAUCCUGGAUAUCGGUCCGUACCCGCAGUAUAUCCAGUUUGUUCUGUCUGUAACCAACCACCUGGGUAAAACAGUCACCGGAAUCUGCUUUAACAUCACUGUGAUGCCAGUGGACAACCAGCCUCCUCAGGUUAUCACCAACCCUCUGACUGUAGAUGAGGGAGGAGAGUGCUGGCUCGACCCCGGACACCUGCUGAUGUCGGAUGUAGACUCUGCAGAAGAAGCCCUGAAGGUGGAGCUUCAGAGGGAACCACAGCAUGGAACUCUGCAACUAGGUGGCCUUCCACUAAAACCAGGCCAGACCUUCACUCUACAAGACCUGAAAAGCCUUAAAGUUAGAUAUAAUCACGACAGCUCAGAAACUACGGACGACAACAUUGAGUUUACUGCAACAGAUGGCACUAAUGCAAUCAGCUUUCUCCUGCAAGUGAAGGUAACCCCCAUCAAUGAUGAGGUCCCAGUGGUGGCUGCUGGUUUGAAUCCAGUUCUCAGCUGUGCAGAGGGAGAGGAAAUAGUCAUCACAGCAGAGUAUAUCUAUGCUACCGAUGCUGACAGCGACAACAACAGCCUGGCCUUCCUAAUUGCCCGGCAGCCGUAUCAUGGUGUGGUGCUGCGAAAUGGUGCUGUGGUUGAUCGCUUCAUCCAGGCAGACAUCACUGCAGGGAUUGUCACCUACAAACACACAGGUAGACACCCAAGGGUGGACUAA